AUGUCUUUUGUUAGAAAGCUUCUUCCGAUUGCUACGGCUACUAUUUCAAGAAGAACAAUAAUGACUGCUGUUCCUUUGAGGUCAGAAUUCAAAAAAGUGGAAAACUAUCAGAAUAUUGCCAACCGAUUCUUUGAUUUCACUGAAGUUGACAAAGACUCUUUUAGUCCUGCUACUCUGUCAAAUGGACGUCAAGCUCACCAUGGAGCUGCUUACGGUGGACUAAUAUUCUCUCAAGCUAUGGCAGCAGCGGAAAAAACAGUUGAAGAAAAGUUCAAACCACAUUCAACUCAUUCGUAUUUCAUCUUGAACGUCGACACAAAAGAACCAAUAUCGUACAAUGUUCGUCGUAUUCGUGAUGGAAGAUCUUUCAUAACUCGAACUGUCGAAGCAGUUCAAAAAGAAAAAGUGUGCUUUGUACUGCAAUGCUCGUUCCACGUGGAAGAGAAAAGCUCAAUAAUCCAUCAAUCGGAAAUGCCAAAAGUGCCAUGUCCAGAAGUAUUAAUGAGUAUGAGAGAUGCUGUUCCUUACAUGAAAAGUCUUGUUGAAAAAGGAGAAGUGACUCCACCACCUGCAAUGCUUCAAAGACUUCAAUCAUAUGAUUCAAAAGUCUAUUCCGAUGAUCUGGAUCUUUUUGAAAUGAGAUGUACUAAUUUGGGAAAUUAUUAUGGAUUUGCAAGUGAUCAGAAACCAGAAUUACACUUUUGGAUGAGAGCAAGAGGUGAUUUGCCGAAUGAUGAGAGAUUACACAGAUGGCUGAUUGCAUACAACAGUGAUUCUCUGCUUGUUUCAACUGCCGUCAGUCCUCACUAUACAAAUGGUUUCAUGCCUUCAAUGCUUUUCUCUCUUGAUCAUUGUGUUUGGUUCCACAAAUCAGAAGUCAAAGCAGAUGAAUGGCUUCUUUUCGAAUGUAAAUCUCGCAUCGCAUCUGGAUCAAGAGCAACAAUUGAAGGAAGAAUCUGGAGAAGAGAUGGAGUUUUAAUUGCAAGUUGUCAACAAGAAGCUCUCGUCAGAAGUAAAUCAGACGAUCCAUCCAAAUUGUAG